GCGCCCAUAAAGCUGUCAAGGAGGGUUGUGGGCAAUAUGUCUGUCCAGUCGUGCGUCGACACAGUUUUUUGUGUCCUGUUCAAAGUUUGUUUAUUAUUAGGAUAAAGCCCUUGAGGUGUCGUCUUCGAGUGGAUUUGCGCAGGUGUGGUGACAUUCAAUUAGCUACAGACUGAGGAUAUAGCCUUUGGAAAUCUUGUGCGUCAAUCAAUUGUCUUCCAGAGGUUAGCCUACUUUUACUGUGAUGUGAAGUUGUGACAUUGACACUCGAGAAACAUCCGCAAAAAAAAGGAAAAGAAGAAAAACCUCCUGGGAAACACCCCCGCGGCCAAACAAGGCAGGGGGAAACGCCGAGCACUCUUUCUUUACCUGUAAACUGACGCCGGAAAAAGAACUUGGUACCUUCUGGUUCCCUUUGUACCAGGUUGAAUUAUUGUCCUGUGAAUAUAUUUGGACGAGUUAUGGAUGUAUGGGGGUGACAGCGACUCACAGAAUUUUCCAUUUCACAUGAACCUACAGCCGCCUUCACUUUCUCCCACGAGAGAGUUCACGGUCUGCUGAGCUUAGACGCUGGCGUUUUUCAACAAUGGGACAUGUUCAGAAGACAAAGAGUGUUUUGAAAUGUCUGCUUUACAUCCCUAUUACACUCUGUGCUGUCUACUUUAUAUCUCCGUGUUUGAGACUUUUAAUAGGCUACCUUCCUAUGGACAAAUGCUCUUUGGAAAGUGCAAAGAUGCUGUCUCUGGACUACAGUGUGGACGCCAGCCUCAACCUUUGGUCCAGACCUGAUGUGCUAACGUGUACAUCUUGGAAAGCUCCCAUUAUCUGGGAAGGGAUGUUUGACCCUGACCUUUACGAUCAGAUGCACAAGAUUGAAGAAUCCUCUGUGGCUCUUACAGUGUUUGCUGUGGGCAGGUACCUGGAUGCUUACCUUAAGAACUUCCUGAACUCAUCAGAGCAUCACUUUAUGUUGGGUUUGCCCGUAACGUAUUAUGUGUUUACGGACAUGCCAGAAAAGGUCCCAGACUUCAAGCCUGCUCCUCAGCGAAGCAUUAAGGUUAUCAAAGUACAGAAGAGCUCCAGGUGGCAGGAUAUCUCUAUGAUGCGAAUGAAGACUAUAUCAGAUGUCAUAGAGUCGGAUAUUCGCCACCACUGCACGCACGUCUUCUGCUUUGACGUUGAUCAGGUAUUUACUGGCCGAUUUGGUUCGGAGGCUCUGGGAGAUUCUGUGGCUCUGCUCCAUGCCCACUACUACCACCUUCCAAAGAGGUUGUUUACCUACGAUCGAAACCCAAAGUCCAAGGCAUACAUGCCAACUGGGGAUUUCUACUACCACGCUGCCAUCUUUGGAGGCUCGUGGAAGAGAGUAAAAGCGUUGACUGAGGCCUGCUACCAGAGCAUCAUGGAGGAUAAAAAGAAUAAUGUGGAGGCUCUGUGGCACGAUGAAAGCCAUCUCAACAAGUACAUGUGGCUUCACAAACCAAGCAAGGUGCUCUCACCAGAGUACUGCUGGGACACCAGUAUCGGCUACAGGAGUGACAUACGAGUCGCACGACUACUUUGGGCACCAAAGCAUUAUGACACACUUCGCACACCUUAGUGUGUUUUGGUCUUAAGUGCAAAAUCACCUCCCAUAUUUAAUAAGUGGCAUUCAAAACUAUCUGACAAACGUGACGCUCUCAGGUUUCCAUGCUCCUUGGCUCUUUGUUUUCUCAGGGGAUUUAUUUGCAUAUCUACAAGUGUGGAUUUCCUUUGCAUAGUUGUAGUGCUGUUCUACAAAAUAGCUUGUCAGUCCUUAUUUGUGUGUUUUUAAGAAUAUCAAAGUUUUUGCUGUGUGUGUAAAUACACUGGUUGAUGAAAGACACAUUUAUAUGUCAGUCAGUUUGUUUCCCAAUUCCUACUUUUUUGAUGAAUAAUGCUUGAAGUUGAAUAAAUCAUUAAUUUAAACAGGUUGUUUUGCCUAUGAAUCAUAGAAACAUCAUAGGCCCGUCCCACUUACCUAUUCAGGAAAGCAAUUUGCUGCUCUUUGUUAACUGUAUUCAGUGUUAUAGGCUUGUUCAAGAUGAGCCUCGCCUGUAAAGUGGACAGGAGCAGGCAACAAUAGCAGGGGGCAGAGACAAAAAGCAGUCAGUCUUCAGCCGUUUCAAAAAGUCCGCAGUCAGCACAAUAAAUCACAUCCUGUUAAAUCAAAGUUCAGCUUAUGAAAAUGUUAUCAGACGCAUUAAUUGGUUUAUUAGCAGUCUCUGUGUGAUUUUUGACAGUGUAGCCUGUUUCAACGCUCAACAGGCGAUCUGUUGCUGAUAUACAACAGAUCUGUAAUCUUAAUGUAUUUAGUCUCUAGGACCACUAAACGUCACCAUCAAAUAAACCUUGAAGUCAGACAAAUAUCAAUCAAAAUCUUUCCAAUUCAACAAAAAUGAAAAGUUUAUGAUAAAAAGUUCUAUUGUCCAGCAUUGGUAACGACUGCCCACAAUGCAAAGCAAUCCAGAAAAAGAAGAUGGACUCACUAAAAAGUUUGACAACACACAUUUAGUAAAGCCCAAGCAAUAGAGCAGCUUUAGGUCAAGGAAGCCUUGCCUUUAGUUCAUUUAGAAAUACGGGUUGAAGGGAGUAAACAACACCAAAUAUAGUAAUAAAUACAUUAUGCCAUUACUACAUCAAAGACAGUGGCUUCAUUUUGUUUCCCAAAGAUGUAGAUGUUUCAUGUUGUUUAGUCCGACUUCUUUUUCUUCUGUGAAUUAAUUUUCUUUUUGUAAACUUGGCUAGAAGACAGUGAUUUGAAUUGAUCCCAUUGACCAAUCCCUAAUACUUGAUCAAUAGUGAAAGUUUUUUUUUUUUUUUGUGAAUUUGCAUUUUGGUUUAUUUAUGUAUAUGUUUUUUGGAGACUGAAUUUCAAUUUUAUCAGGAGAGCUUUACAUUUAUUGGUGGGGAUUGAUGAUGACUGACUUCUUUCUACAUUUUUGUACAAAUGCAAUGUUUCUUGUAACCUAACCUUGAAAAUUAUGUAUGCAGUGGCAUUACAGAGUUUUCUGGUGAACAAUUACUUUUUGUAUGGGUGGCAUUCUUGGCAUGUUGGGACACAUUUACUGAUGCGUUGCUUUUCUGCAAGGACAUAAUUUAGUUUUUUAUUCCAAAUACAAUAAUUUGAAAGACAAAGUAAUCAAAUGAACAUUUUGUAAGAAUCUUUCAAAGAGAAGUAUAAUAUCCCAAAGCACCUUGCCCUAGAUAGGUUUCCUUAGAAAAAAAAAAAAUUGAAUUUAAGUUACAUAAUGCAAUAGCUCAUUCACGUUAAAGUCUAAUGAAAUUAUUUGACCUCUUUGCUGCCCUGUUGCAGCCAGGUGGUCUGACUAUCAAAAGCCAUUCCUGAAAGUUAUUUUGCUUUGUCCAACAAGUUGCCCUGGCUGCACUUUAGAGAUGGUAAAGCAACAAUAAUCAAGAUGAUUUAUUUGGUUUGUGUUUCUGGUGCUGUUUAUUGAAUAUGUGGUAAUAAGGCCACAUUGCUUCUUUAAAAUAUUUAAGUUGUGGAGUAAUAUUAUUGUAUAUAUGUUUGAGUGCUUAUAAGACCCUAAUCUGGGUGCGCGUUCCGAUUGCCUAAUAGUUCCCUGCAAAGUGGACUGCACAGAGUAUCCAACCACGUUAAAGGAGAAUUCCGUUUGAUUUCAACAUGUAGUUCUGUUGUUUGGAAAUUUGGAGUGCUAUCAGUAGCAAGAAAAACAAAAAUAAUCGGUGCUACCAACACCGUGUUAUCCUCCUGACAGUUAGCACUCAACAGGCUUCAAAAGGGCAAGUUUUAAACGUGUUUUUAGCAACUAAACAUGUUCAAAUUGUCAGUACAAGUGCUUCCCCAUGUUCAGUGAUUCCUGCCAAGGGAACACACAGAAUCUGACUGCAGUAUAUGUGACAGAAAGGCAUAAACGUUGUGUUAAUCCAUAUCUCUGUUUAUUUUCAUAUUUACCGGUGAAGUUCACAAUAGUCGAUUGUCAAACUCGUACAAUCCAAUAUUGCAAGAUCUAUUUUUUUCCACAAAAAAACAUUUGCUGCUGUUAUGUCCUUAGUAAUGACUAUGUAGAAACAGGCUGUAACCUGACACCACAGUUAAGCCAGCAGAGCUACAAGAGUUCAAGAGCUAUUGAGCAUGUGCAUAGGUAACUAAGCAACAGUGGGCUCUUGAACUGUGGUGUCAAGCUGUAACCUGUACUGCACAGAUGCACCAACCAGGAAGAGUCAGCAGGACAAUACGAGUGCCAUUGUCCCCGUCCACGCAGGCCAGGGUCAAGACUGUAGUCCCUCUAAAAACAAGAGACUGCUCUAUAGCUGUUUUAACUGUGUAAGACAAAAUGUGCACUGUUGCUGCUGGUGAA